ACUCGGCAGUGUCGUUUGGUUAGUGAACGAGAAAGGGCACUGCAGUUAGGAGAUACGUUUGUCCCGAGAGCGAGUACCACAUUUAUUGAAGCUGCUUGGAGUAAAAAGCUGCUGUCGAUGGGUGGUUUUAGUUCCGCGACAAAUCGUCCUAACAAACUUCAAUAAAUGUGAUACAUCAGCCAGCAGCAUCCCGCCAUGGAAAGUACGAUGAGAGAACUUUCCCUUCUAGAAGAGAAGAGCAAGCUAUGGCGGAAGCAUCACGAGGAGCAGAAAGAGUUUUGGCGAAAGUAUUAUGAAGAGGAAGAACGCCGCCUCGAAGAAGAAUACCAGCGAGAACUGGUGAAAAUGGAGGAAGAAUUCGAGAAGGCAGCACAGAAAAUGAGGGCAGAUUUCAGCGCGAAAAGGGAAGCAGUGUUACGGCAAUACGAUGGGAGCAACGUCAGCGAGGGAACGGCGGAGGAGCCGAUUCCAAAAUGUGACAAAACCCAGCCACAAAAUGACUGCAGUAAAACAUCGUGUCCGAAAAAAGUAGCCUCUUCAUCUUCUGUGCAGCAAAGCGUCAUCAGCGGUGAUCGAGUGUGUACGACUCACACAAAGUGUAGCAAAACAAUAUCAGCUGAUUCUACAGCUGUUUCGUUCAUCAGCACCCGAUAUCUGACGUCAUCGACCCACAGCAGCAAUCGAAUGUAUACUGAAAUUCCAGAGAGUGAGUCAAAAUACGAAACUGAAGCCGUGGAAACAAUGGUCUUUGUGAUGUGUGAUGCAUACGAGACCUGUGCAAAACAAAACGACUCGGAUCAGCACGCUCGCCGCCGCCGCGGUAGAAUGCGAGGCGAUCGUCAUCAAUUAAAAACAAUGCUGUUUGAUCCCGGUGGGUAUUGUGGUGAAGCAGUGGAACGAGUUGGCUCGAUUUGGGUGUAUGUACCUACCGCAAUGUGCAUCACCGGCGGUACGGUGCUGCCAUCUAGAUCGAAGAUGCUGAGUAGCAAAAUGCUUUGCAAAUUCAAGGGAGCAUCAAACGAAAACUGGACCGCAUUAAAUAAUUUGGAGAUCUAGUUCGUCACCAGUUCCACGGGGGGGAAUGUUGCGUACAGUUUCAGUACGCUUGCUGUUGAGUGGAACUGGUAACUCAAAAGCAAGAGUGUAGUACAUAAGCGGCGGUGCGAAGGCCGACGGUGGUUAUAAUUUUACAACUCGGCAGUGUCGUUUGGUUAGUGAACGAGAAAGGGCAAUGCAGUUAGGAGAUACGUUUGUCCCGAGAGCGAAUACCACAUUGUAAGAUUUAAUACCAAGUAAUGUAAAAAUGUAAUAAUAAUUGAAUAAAUAAAUUGCAGUAUUGAAGCUGCUUGGAGUAAAAAGCUGCUGUCGAUGGGUGGUUUUAG